AUGUUGCCGAUACUUAAUUGUCCUGGAGAAACAAUAUCUAUAGCAGUCGAUAUGGCCGCUAUGGAUGCGUUAAUGCGAUGUUGGGGAGUUACAGCAGAUAGGAAGUUCUCAUUUAAUGAGCUUGAUUCUCUCAGUGAUCUCGACUGCUUCAACAAGCCACAUUAUUCUCUGCAAGAAAUUUGUGGUUCUAGCGUCGUCUUGAAAUUUGUUGAUCUGGAGAAGGAACAGGAACCGAUCAACGUAGAAGAAGUGGCUUUGAGGUACAAAAAGGAAAUUGAAGCGGUGGUUGGUGUUCCACUGCGACGACGAUUACGACAUAAGUUUUCGCGUGGUACGUUUGGUAAACGAACCUUUCGUUAUAUCAACAAACCAAAAAUAUAUCAGAUAUGUUGA